AUGUCGGAGCCGGAGCACCUGGGCGGCAAGCGGGCCGAGUCGGCGCGGCUGCGGCGGGCCGAGCAGCUGCGGCGCUGGAAGGGCUCCCUCACGGAGCAGGAGCCCGUGGCGGCGGCGGGCGGCCGCGGGCGGCACCGCGGCGCCGGCGGCUCCCGCGUCCGCUUCGAGGAAGGCGCCGUCUUCCUGGCCGCCUGCUCCAGCGGCGACACGGAGGAGGUGAAGCGGCUGCUGGGCCGCGGCGCCCGCGUCAACACCACCAACGUGGACGGGCUGACGGCGCUGCACCAGGCCUGUAUCGAUGAGAACCUGGACAUGGUGAAGUUUCUUGUGGAAAAUGGAGCCAACGUGAACCAGCAGGAUAACGAGGGCUGGACCCCUCUCCACGCUGUGGCAUCGUGUGGCUAUCUGAACAUAGCAGAGUACUUGAUUAGUCAUGGAGCCAACGUGGCUGCUGUGAACAGUGAAGGUGAAGUCCCCUCUGACAUCGCGGAGGAAGCAGCCAUGAAGGACCUGCUGCUGGAACAAGUGAAGAAACAAGGUGUGGACCUAGACCUGGCAAGAAAAGAAGAGGAGCAGCAAAUGCUGCAGGAUGCCCGGCAGUGGCUGAACAGUGGGAGAAUCGAGGAUAUAAAGCAGCCUCGAACRGGCGCCACAGCUCUUCACGUUGCUGCGGCCAAGGGUUAUUCCGAAGUCAUGAGGCUUCUGAUCCAGGCUGGGUUUAAUUUGAACGUCCAGGACAACGACGGCUGGACCCCGCUGCACGCUGCCGCGCACUGGGGAGUGAAGGAAGCUUGCUCCAUCUUGGCAGAGGCCUUGUGCGAUAUGGACAUCAGAAACAAGCUGGGCCAGACACCGUUCGAYGUGGCUGAUGAAGGACUGGUUGAACACUUAGAAAUGCUGCAGAAGAAACAGACUGUGCUGCGAAGUGAGAAGGAGACGAGGAAUAAACUCAUAGAAGCGGACAUGAACGGCAAGCCUCAAAGCAGACUCUUCACAAACAAAGAGAAGAUUCUUUAUGAGGAAGAUACACUGAAGUCCAUGGACAUGGAGGAAGAGAACAAGGACUCUAGCAGUUCCAGYUCUGAAGAAGAGGAGGAGGAAGCUGAAGAAGAUGAGGUUUCAGAAUCAGAUGCUGAAAAGGAGUCAGUGAGGAAGGAGGAGUCCUUUGCCAACCACACCAGCCAUGAAACCAGGCCUACCAUCACGGAACAAAUACCACCACCCGAGUCCAACUCCUUCACUGCAUCUGCCAGAAGGUUCAGCUGGCUCAACAGGUCAGAAGAGCAGAAGGAUGAGUCACCUUCCUCUUGGCGCCUGGGUCUACGGAAGACUGGCAGCCACAACAUGUUGAGUGAAGUGGCUGCUACACGUGAGGCCCAGAGAGAUAAGAGUUCCUCUAUCUAUCGUUCUUCAUCAAGUCCUCGGAUAUCUGCGUUAUUAGACAACAAAGAAAAGGAUAAAGACACCAAGAGCUAUCUUGCCACGAUAGCCCCCAGAAGACUAAGUAGUACAAGCGAUAUAGAGGAAAAAGAAAACAGAGAAUCAGCUGUUAACCUGGUGCGAAGUGGCUCUUACACCCGGCAGCCCUGGAGGGAUGAAUCAAAGGGAAAUGAAGCCCCCAAUUCUAGUGCACCAGCCACCUAUGUAUCUACGUACUUGAAAAGUGCUUCCUUUGGUAGAAGUAGUGACCUCAACAGUCCCUACAUUUCAACCAGUCGCAAUACAUCUCUAGCUACCUCACCCACUACCAUUGGUUCAUCUACCUCAUUGGGCACCCAGUGGCAACCUGUCUCUUCCUGCCCCACAUCUCUCGGUGCGAACACUACUGCAUCAGCCCGCCAGUCUACCAGAGCCCCUUUCAGGCAACAAACUGAUUCUGCUGUAGAGAAAAAUACAGAGGGCAUCUCUGCUAGCACCCCCCUAGGUGUAAUCACAAAUCGUGCUGUACUCGGCUCUGCCAAUGGUAUUGCCAAUGCCGGUGCUGUCUCAACUGCAGGAAAGGACUUCUCAGCUGAGGAAGCCAGGGAGCGCAGAAGGUCAUAUCUGACUCCGGURCGGGAUGAGGAAGCAGAGUCCCUGAGGAAGGCACGAUCCAGACAGGCCCGACAGACUCGCAGGUCUACACAGGGUGUGACACUUACAGACCUUCAGGAAGCCGAGCGAACCUUCAGCCGGUCUCGGGCAGAACGGCAAGCUCAGGAGCAGCAAAGUGAGAAGGUGGAGAGCACGGAGCCCGCUGAGGACAGCAGGGAGAGACAGGAGACCCGGCCCCGGUGGAGCAGAAGUGCCGAUGAGGAGACUGUGUAUCGGCGAUUAAGGUGCCCAGGACAGACAGACAAACCUACCACACCUGUAUCUCCCUCCACAUCAGCACCUCUCCUUUAUACAAGCUCUUACCUGACUCGAACAAACAAGUAUCUGGAUCUCGACUCUGUAAAUCCAGCAGACUUCAGAAGUGCAGCCGCAGAAAUGGAGAAGAAUGAGUGUGAAGAUCAAGAUUUAGACGACAAAUCUCCAAACAAACAGUCCAUCCGAGAGAGGCGGCGGCCCAAAGAGAGGCGAAGAGGCACUGGUAUCAUUUUCUCAACAAAAGAUGAUGAUGAUGAAGUUGAUGGAAACGAGGAAGUGAAGGAAACACGGCAUGAAAGACUUUCCAGGUUGGAAGCAGCUACAAAUCCCACCACGAGCGACCCCUCGUCCUACGGCGAUCGCGCGUCCAGCCGCUCCAGUGCCUACACCCGGAGAGAGAACCGCCUAGCCUCCCUCGGCACCAGAACGGAAGAGGAGAGUAACAGGGACUACAAAAAAUUAUAUGAAAGUGCUCUGUCUGAAAAUCAAAAGCUGAAAUCGAAACUGCAGGAAGCCCAACUUGAGCUGGCUGACAUCAAAUCAAAGUUGGAAAAAGCAGCCCAGCAGAAACAGGAGAAAACUUCUGACCGAUCUAGCAUGCUGGAGAUGGAGAAACGGGAGAAGCGAGCCCUGGAGCGGAAACUCUCUGAAAUGGAAGAGGAGAUGAAGAUUCUGACCGAGCUCAAGUCGGACAACCAGCGGCUCAAGGACGAGAACGGGGCGCUCAUCCGGGUCAUCAGCAAGCUCUCCAAAUAGGAAGCCUGAGCAAAGGCAGGACGGAGAGGGGUGCCCUACACAAGCUGCCAACCCUGCCACCAAGCCCUCCCCACCUCUUUUCCUCCUGUCCACAGUACAGCAAGCAUUUCAGCCAUGGGAUCAAUGUGUCACGCCUGCCUUGCCCUGCCCUUUGCUGUACAUUCCCUUCUUGCCCUUCCUUCCCCCACAACACACGCCCUUGCCAUUUUAUUAUUUUUAAUUUAAGCACGUUGUGGUAUCUCGGACAUUUUAUUCRAGGGAGAAGAGAAAUGUCAGGACUGGAUUUGAGCUGCCAAAUUGUUUUCUGCCAGAAGCCCAGUGUUGGGUGCCCAGCUCCAGUCUAGAGUAGGUAGGUUGGUAGCUUCUGCUUUUCAAAGUGAUGCCGAAAUCCCUGAAGACUGAAUGCAGCGUGUCCAAGCCCGUGAUGGCUGGGAAAUGUGAACGGGAGCUGCGGCUCUGCGGAUGCACGUCAGCUGCCCACCUAAAAUGUAGAACUCUGCUUAAAAAGAGCUGCAGUGAAAGACAACGGGGCCGAUUUCUGAGACGGGCUGGUGAGAACUGCUUUGCACAGAGACCUCCUUCUCCUCUUGCCCUGGUAGACCAAGUCCUUUUAUUUAAUGUAAGAUUUUGAAUCUGUUCAGAACCAUCAGCACCGCAUCUCAGCAUCAGCCCCCUUAUCUCUCACCCUGCUGUCUGGGUGAUUCGGUAACAUCUGGCCAGGGCUCCUGUCUCAGGUCCUAUGCAUUUAGCAGCAUCUGCUUUUUGUGCCUGGACGCUUGUCCCUGGGCACAGGAUGUAUCACAGACACUUGCCAAGGUUUACUAAGGAGGAGCUUAAACCAAUAGAGAUCAUCUGCAACUUUCACCUGCAUCCAUUUGAGCUGGGCAUGAAUCACCGUGCAGGGAAGUGUGUCAGCACAAGACUCCAACCUCCCUCUCCUGACAGAGGYCUGGAAUUCCUUUCCCUUAAGCUGUUACGUGGAGGAAGAGCCGUGUAGAGGAGUCAGGUCAGAUACUUCAGGUACUUGGCCUCGAUGUUCAACGUGAGACUGACCAAGGAAAUGCAGCACUGUUUUGGUUUGAGGGGAUGGAGAUGAGAGAGGGAACGAUGGAGGUGGCAUCAACCACCCAUCCGUUGGUGAGGAGGACCUGACACAGCUGGGUGUCAAGGCAGAGGAACGUGGAGCAGGGGUCAUUUGACCUCCUGCGUGUCUUGCAAAGGCGAAGGGGCAGGAAGGAGCAACCCUUGGGCGUGUUGGUAGCUCUGUCUCUAGGAUGAAGUCAGAAGCUGGCAAUAAGACUUGGCCUUGAAUGAGACCUCACAAAGCUCUUUUGUGUUACCGAGACUCAGAAGAGUUUGAUACUGUUCCCCCAUGGGCAUGGUAACUCCUCCACGUGAUUUUGAUGACGAGCAGCAGUAACCUGUUGUCAGACCUGCUGAGCUUCCUCUUCAUAAACCCAUCGCAAAAGAGACCUUCCCUUUUCAGAGACUUCUCCYGGUAUCCAGACCUCUUUCCCCACCACUUCCCCGCAUACUUGGCCUUUCCUUUGCCCUUUGUUGUCCCAGCUCCACGAGGCUGAGACUUAYGGUCGCAGUCAUUGAACGUGUAGGUCACCAUGAAGAAAUGUUACCUACGUUCCCAGGUGCUUCUGCUGACCUGUGGCAUGCGGAUCCCAAGGGGUGGUAGGGAUCUUUCUGCUACAAGCAAUGUGGAUGUGAUACUUGAACACGAGUGUAACUCCUGACCUUGCUCAACAGGGUGAAAGCUCCUGGGCUUUUGGAGACCGCUGAUUAUUGCUUCAGGAAGUAUAUGAAUUUUUUGCUUUUUUCUUUUUCCUUCCUAAGUCUCAAUAUUUGUCUUUCCCCUCCCCAUCCCACCUUCAUCCACCUCCCUCCCGUUCCCUCGAGAGCUGCCCGUUUUGCCCAGGGCAGGUCUAGCCGGAGCUUCCUCUCCCACCGCCCGGCCGGGGCGCGGGAUGCGGUUCCCCCGGGACACUGAAGCGCUUCCUCUGCCACGUCGCUUUGGGGAGGAAGAGACCAAAGCUGGUUAAUGGCUGAGCAGUGCAGAGCACUGGCAAGUCCAGGCAUCCUUUCUGACUCCUUUAUUUUGACCCUGCUUGAUUUAACAGCUUUAAAUCUUGAAACCUGGUCAAUGCUUUUUCUGCACGCCUUUCCCCUCCUGGUGCAAUUCUUUAUGUAAGUACUCCUGCAUUUCUUGAUGUUGCCACUCUGCGGCGUUGCUCCUGGCUUCSGACGUGGCUUUCUCGCCCACCAGCGUGACGGGAGCCCCGGCACUCCUGCGCGUGGAGACGAGGACGUUCCCACCGGCUGGGGCUGCCCCCGGGYGCGGGGCUGGCCCCACAGCGCGUGGAACCCGGAUCCCGGCACCACGAGGGACAGGAGUGCGGGCUGAGAGCCUGUUCUUCUCACCAGGGAGGGCCCUGGAGGUGUGAAGGAACCUGGUACCUGUUUAGGGAGAGGGUUCGACCCRUUCUGGCAAAUCCCUCCUGCACUGACAUUUUGCCCCUUCCUACCAGGCGACUCGCUGCGUUUUAUCCUAGGGGACAAUAUGCAAAGGGUGCAGAAGGCUCAAUCUGUGUGGCACCUUCCAAAGCCAAACCACUUUAGAUGAAGUGUCUGCUUAGCACUGGAUUCGCAUCCCUCAGCUCUGAGUAGCCCAUAGGACGCCCAAUGUGUAGUCUCAGUGACUAGCCAAAGCUGUGAGUAUUUCAUGGGGACAAAAGUUCAGUGAAAACCAAAUUCCUGCGAACAACUUUUGGUCUCAGUUAACCCUGSCUGACCUAACCAGUGCACUGAGGAGCUAAAAUAAUAGGAGACCUUGCAUCUGCACUUGGGACAGAGUGCAAAGCAAGCCGGUUUUAAGCCUGAUCCCUAUUUGAAUCCAGAGCAUUUGCCAGAGGUGCUCUCCUUUGGAGAGCACGGAAGGUUUUUUGGUUUUUUUUUCUUUUUCUAAGCAAUUGCUUGGGGUGAAUUCAUUUUUAUUGCUUGGGGUGAACCCACCUAUCGCGGCUGCGAGUUUGAUGGCUCGUUGUAAAUAAACUCCUUGGAGAAAGCAGGACUGAGCUUAUGAGAUGGGGAGAGAAUGUAUUUUUAUGCAACUUUGAGUGGCCUUUCAAACCCUGAGAUGAAUGAUUU